GGAAGGUGGGGCUAGGUUUCGUUAGUCUCUUUCCUCCGCCUCAGAGAGGGCCGGGCGCUCGACCGCCCCUGUGAGGUAACACUCCGAGAUAGCCGGGCUAGAAAGGCAUUCGCCAGUAGGGAAGGGUUGUGAUACCGAACGUCUUUCCUAGCGACCCAAAAGCUAAAAAAAACAUGAGUUCACAGAGCUCGACCCCCUUCCCCCGCGACCCCUAUGGCCGCGGCGGCAGGAGACAGCGUCAGGGGAGGCCGGCUCCCCAAACCCCGGGGUCCGAUAACCAGGUCCAGGGCCUGGCCCCCACUGUGGGCGCGGCCUCGACUCUCUCGUCGGAGCGGAACGUCUUACCAGACUGGCAGGCCUCCCACCGUUUUUCCGCUAGCGCGCCAAACGCGUCCGCCUCAGACCCGAACUCUGGCGUGCCCCCCGGCGCUAAUUCUGCCCAGGGCCCUAACGUCAACCCUAGUUCCAGAGCCUUCGGUGCCCAAGGCCUGAGAGGGUUGAGCCCGAUACCUGCCACUCCCUCAAGCACCUCGGUUGCGUCCGCCCCAGGCUCCAGUUCUGACUCGGACGCUAACAACCGCAGGGUAGCGGGACUUGGCUUGUCCUUGGGCUCCUCCACACUGUCGCUAUAUGGCUCUUCAGAGGCGUCUCUACCGAGCUCAGCCUACGAGUCCGGACAAAGUGCUUCCCGGACCUCAGUUUCCAGCACACCCAGUGAGUCUCUACAAGAACUGAAGUGGAACUUAACGUCUCGCCCAUUGGCCCCAGGACUUCCAACAUCUAGUAACUCUUCCCACCUGUCCGCACGGGUUCUUCCUGCGCCAAGUAACCCCCCACAGCCCUCAGCGCAAGAGUACCUCUUGCUCUCUGCGCCCGGCUACCCUUGGAUAUCGGUAGCGCUGCCUUCUGUUCGCUAUGGUAGCCAUUCCCAAAGGUCGGCACAAGGGUCUCUACCUAGUUUCAACCCCGCGGUGACACUUCGAUCGCGCGCCCGGUUCUUAGAGCCUGGCUUCCCUGGGGGAGCGCUAGCAAGACCAGUACCGCUUACGGGCAGUCCCAGACUGUCAGCAGGAGGGUGCGCCCCAGUCUUAGGGCCCAGUUCCUCCGGAGUAUCAGUAGGAACAUGGGCUCCGCCCUCGAACGCCACGCGGGGGUCAGUUGAAGGGAUAGCUCCGCCCUUGGCUGUCCCUACUCUUAUAUCCACGCCUCAGAAGAAUCUCAACCAAAGCAUGGCGAGUCCGGAGAAAGCAAGUACCGCAGGCCACAUGUUCGAUGUAGUGGUAAUAGGAGGCGGCAUUUCAGGGUUGGCUGCUGCCAAACUACUGUCUGAACAUGAUCUUAGUGUUUUGGUUUUAGAAGCAAGGGACAGAGUUGGAGGAAGAACAUACACUGUAAGGAAUGAACAGGUUAAUUGGGUAGAUGUUGGUGGAGCCUAUGUGGGACCGACCCAGAACAGAAUCUUACGCUUAUCUAAGGAGCUGGGCCUCGAGACUUACAAAGUGAACAUCAAUGAGCGUCUUGUUCAGUAUGUCAAGGGGAAAAGUUAUCCAUUUCGGGGAGCAUUUCCUCCUGUAUGGAACCCUCUUGCAUAUUUGGAUUAUAACAAUCUGUGGCGGACAAUGGAUGACAUGGGAAAAGAGAUUCCAGCUGAUGCACCCUGGGAUGCUCCACAUGCCCAGGAAUGGGACAAGAUGACCAUGAAAGAUCUCAUCGAUAAAAUCUGCUGGACAAAGACUGCUAAACAGUUUGCUACUCUGUUUGUGAAUAUCAAUGUCACCUCUGAGCCCCAUGAGGUCUCUGCUCUGUGGUUCCUGUGGUACGUGAAGCAGUGUGGUGGAACCACUCGGAUUUUCUCAAUCACCAAUGGAGGCCAGGAACGGAAGUUUAAGGGUGGAUCAGGUCAAGUGUGUGAAAGGAUAAUGGGCCUCCUAGGUGACAGAGUGAAGUUGAACCGUCCUGUCACCUAUGUUGACCAAUCAGGUGACAACAUCAUUAUAGAGACACUGAAUCAUGAACUCUAUGAGUGCCGAUAUGUAAUUAGUGCCAUCCCUCCAACUUUAACUGCCAAGAUCCACUUCAGACCAGAACUUCCACCAGAGAGAACCCAAUUAAUCCAGCGCCUUCCAAUGGGGUCGAUCAUUAAGUGCAUGAUGUAUUAUAGGGAAGCCUUCUGGAAGAAAAAGGAUUACUGUGGCUGCAUGAUCAUUGAGGAUGAAGAUGCCCCAAUUUCAAUAACCCUGGAUGACACCAAACCAGAUGGAUCGGUGCCCGCCAUCAUGGGCUUCAUACUUGCCCGGAAGGCUGAUCGACUUGCUAAGCUCCAUAAGGAAAUAAGGAAGAGGAAAAUCUGUGAGCUAUAUGCCAAAGUGUUGGGAUCUCAAGAAGCUUUACAACCGGUGCAUUAUGAAGAGAAGAACUGGUGUGAAGAGCAGUACUCUGGAGGCUGCUACACAGCCUACUUCCCCCCUGGGAUCAUGACCCAAUAUGGAAGGGUGAUUCGCCAGCCAGUGGGCAGAAUUUACUUUGCUGGCACAGAGACUGCCACACAGUGGAGCGGUUACAUGGAGGGAGCAGUCGAGGCUGGAGAACGGGCAGCUAGAGAGGUUUUGAGUGUUCUUGGGAAGGUGGCCAAGAAGGAUAUAUGGGUACAAGAACCUGAGUGUGAGGAUGUUCCAUCAGUUGAGAUCACCCAUACCUUCUUGGAGAGGAACCUGCCUUCUUUGCCUGGCCUUCUGAAGAUCAUUGGGAUUUCAACCUCUCUAACUGCCAUCUUGUUUGUGUUGCGCAAGUACAAGCUACUGCCACAGUCCUGAAGUUUCUGGCUUCCAUCUUACUCAUUCUCACCAUCAAAAGAAAAAUAUAAAUGAAUUAAAGGCUGUGUCAUUGGCCAUUUAAGUGCACUUGAUAUAAACCCUCCUCAGUUUAUUCUCAGUCUGUGUUAAAGUAAAAACAACUCAAAGAAUUACCUAAUUAUUUUCAGUAAGAUCCAGUUCUGUCUUGUCUAUGUGACUGAUUCUUGUUAACUUUGUAGGCUAAAACCUUGUGAUUGCUCUGUUGAUUUCAAGAAAUGUUCAAGAGAAGCAACUUUCUUUUUCUCACCUUUAAUGUAAAACAUUUGAUGUUUUCAGAAACAAAUUAUUUGGUUUUCUCUCUGUAGAAGUGGAGUAAGUUAAGACCUAGCCUGUGGCAUCUUUAGGGACUGAUGAAGUGUUGGUACAGAGCCCAGAGGCUUACAGCUUUCUAGAGUGACCAACUACCACUAUGGAUCAGGAAAAUUGUAAAUGAAAACAGUGUGGACAGGGACCUGCAGGCUCCAGGAUGGGAGACAUCUUGUGGGCUGCUGCCUCAGGAAUCUCCUGACAACUUAUGAUUUCUGUGAAUUUUCUAGACAUCUAAUCUCACAACUAUCUUAUUUGUAUGUUUUCCUCUCUUACAGAGGAGAAUGUUUACCAAGCUAUCAUGCUUAAAUUGAUUUUCUGUGACUUUUGUGCAGCUCCCUAGAUGAACAGAGUAAAAUAGUGACAGGAAUGCCCCCGACGAAGCCUCCUUGACUAUCUCCAAGUGAGACUGACAAUGGGCAUCUUCUCUUCCUUUUGGAAUGUGGCUAGACAUCAGUCCAUCCUUGUCAGUGAAGACAUUCUAUGCUGCUUUCAGGAUAACAGUAUUUUCCCAGCUAUCUGAAGGCCCCUUAGGGGCAUAUAUUGGUUUGUCUUAUGUUCAUAGAAGUAGAUAGAUGUCUUAACUUACAUGACUUCAACAUAAUUAAUAUUAGCAUGCCAGUUCCUCUGAAGUACUGAAAUAUACAUGAAAAAUCCCUGAUUAAUACUUGAGACUGUCAAAUACAGAAAGGAAAUUAGGGGUAUAUAUAACUUCACUUGCUUUAGUUUAGUUUUAUAAUUUAAAUGAUAGUGAGUAAUUUUAUAAUAUGAAAACUGAGUUCUUUCUCUUAGGAAUAAAGUGGGCCCAGAACAGUACCCACCUCUUGUUUUUCACAUUUCAAAUACUCAUGUUUUUAAAAGCCCUUUCCAAAGAUUUCAAACUUAAAACAUUCCCUUUUAAAAAUGUUUUUAUUUAAGAAGAUUUAAAUAUUGCUAGAGGAAACCAGCCUACCCAAAUCUGUUGGAACAUUAAUUUUAUCCUAAAUGCAAACUUAAAUCUCUGUACACUGAUGUGAAGACUUAAAUGUUUUCCAGUGUUUACUUAAUCCUAAGAGCAAAGAGUUGGAUUUUUCUGACACUUUUUAGCUUGCAGUUCAAAAGCAUUUUAGCUAAUUUAAGUUUUGAAUAUGUUCCAGUGUAUGUGGAGUUGCUGUGUGUCAUGUCAAACUGCAGUGAGAAAUCUAGUCCCUAAUCCUUGCAGUUGUUUCUGUUCACUUAUCAAUUAACUCACUCUUGACAUGCCUUGAGAAAUGUCAGUUUAAACUUCUGAACCUACAACAGUUUUAACAGUAAUCACAUUGUUUUUAUGUUGAAGUCUUGGAUUUUGGAGACCUCCCAAGGGUAUAGUUUCCCCUCUUCUCCAAGUUUUUUAGAAAACCAAAGAGUUCAUCCUAAUUAGAUAAACCCCCUUAAGCCA